AUGAAGAUGCUGCGGCCGGGGGAGUUCCUGGCGCGGCAGGGGGACGUGGGCCGGGAGCUGAACAUCGUGAAGUGCGGCACCUGCGCGGUGCUGAGGGCGGAGGCUCCGGACUCCCCGCGGAAUGGGAAGAAGUCGGAGGAGCAGAGGGUCGCCACACUGCAGCAGGGCGACUGGAGCGGUGGUCAUGCCCUGGUGCAGACGCGGACCUUCCGGGCCUCGGUGGUGGCGGAGGGGCCGGUCACGGUGCUCUCCAUCUCUCGCGAGCGCUUCGAGGCGUUGGGCCUCCAUGAGCGUCUCCACUUCCCAAGGCGCGAGGCCAUGUAUGAAGGACGUGCGAAGCACGCCAAGAGCCUCGCUAAGCGGAUGCCCGGGGUGGAGCACAUCACGGGGGAGCUCAAGGAGGACGAGGUGAGCUUCAUCGUGAGGAGCCUGAAACGGAAUGCGCACCUUCGCACGGCCAUGGACAUGAGCAAGAGCGAGCCGCUGCGGGACCUGGCGCGCAAGGCCACGCGGCUCCGCGCGCCCAUGCAGCGGAUCAUCGUGGAAGGCGGCAGCGCCGCAGAGUACCUCUUCAUCGUGGGGGACGGCCUAGCGGAAGCUGUGCCCGUGGAGCUCCGAAAAGGUACUGGUACCGGGGCAGAUGAGAUCGCGGAGAAGACGUCUCUGUCGAGCAAGCUGAUUCAGAAGGCAGCCCUGCUCCAGGACCUGCUGCGCGGGGACGAGGCGGCGUCGGCGCCGGUGUCCAUGGCAGGCCGCAAGCCGAAGAAGCGGGGCGGCUCCAUGAUCCACGUGGAGAAAGGGAUGGAGGAGAUCGAGAUCGAGAAGUCCACAGGCGGGAAGCGGUUCCGGGUGCAGACGAUGGGCUUUUCCGGGGAGAAGGUCUUCUACGUGGGUGAGAGGGUGCGGGAGAAGGCCCAAUCGCGUGUGCAAGGCUUCGGGCGCUUCGCCCGCAAGAACUCGGAGCCGCCAGAGGCGGAUUCCGAGGUGGGCCGUGUGCAGGCGGUGCUAGACAACUCCCGGGUGGUGGUGGCCUUUCCUUCCAAGGGCGCCCACAUCUACAGGCACUGCGACCUGGUCUUGGCCCGUGAGGACACGGUGCUACAUAUGCACUCGGGGGACGUCUUUGGCGAGAUCUCGCUGCUGUACAAUACCCGGCACCUGGCGACCUUCCGGGCGGCGGUGGACACGGACGUGCAGCUCUACGCUGUGCACCGCUCCGAUUUCAAGGAGUGCUUUGUGAGGGGUGACAAUGAGCAGCUGGAGAAGCGCGUGAAGCUGCUGGCGGAGGUGCGGGCCCUGUGCUCCUUGCUCGACUCCGAGAGGCGGGACCUCGCCCGGAACUGCACCGGGGAGGUCUGCUUCGCGGCCGGCAAAUGUGUGCUGCAGGAGGGCAAGCAGCGGUACACGCCACAGUGGUACAUCGUAGACGGCGGCAGCGCGCUGGUGUCCAAGCAAGGGCGUCCGCUGCGGGAGCUGCGGCGGGGCGACUACUUCGGGGAGCGCAGCGUGUUGCGGGGCGACGCGUGCAACUCGGUGACCGUCACUGCAGGUCGAAAUGGCUUGCGCUGCCUCUGCUUGGAGGUGGAGCUCCUCAGCAGCUUCGGGCUCGACGCCUUUACGGGCCUGGAGCGCGUGGACGAGGACGUGUGCACUCUGAAGCCAAAGGGCUGGCAGGAGCGGUAUGCGGUGGACCACAAGAAGCUGAGCUCGGUGCAGCUCCUCGGGGAGGGCGCCUUUGGAAAGGUGAUGCUGCAAAGAGACCCUGUGACGGGUACCGCUUAUGCGCUGAAGCAGAUCUCCAAGAGAGGCGUCCGCUCCCACGGGGCGGAGGUCCAGAUCCGAAACGAGCGGAAUCUGCACGCUAUGGUGAACAGCCCCUUCAUCAUCCACCUGCACGCAGCGUACCGCGACUCGCUGUUUGUGUAUAUGCUGCUGGAGGCUGCAGAGGGCGGUUGCCUGGAGGACACGAUUUGCCACCGCCAGCGCUUCCCCAUGGACGAGUGGAGCGAGAACGUGCUCUUCUACGUGGCCUGCAUCACGGAGGGCCUGGGGCACCUGCACGAGCGGAAGAUCGCCCACCGCGAUCUGAAGCCGGGCAACGUUUUGCUGGACUCGAGGGGCUACGCCAAGAUCUGCGACCUCGGCUUCGCACGCUUCGUGCUGCGGAAGACCUACACUUUCUUGGGCACGCCGGACUACAUGGCCCCGGAGAUCCUGGAUUUCCCCCACGAGCACGACGAGAAGGUCGACUGGUGGGCGCUGGGCGUGCUCACGUUUGAACUGCUGUCCGGGCAGACCCCGUGGUGCGCGGGGGACGACGCGAGCACCGCGCCCUUCACGGUUCGCCGCAGCCAGCAGGCCAAGCCUCUGCCGCAGCGGGACCUGCCACCCGAGACGCCACAGGUGGCCGCAUCCUUCACCGUGGGCCUGCUGACGGCCGCGGUGGAGAAGCGCUUGGGCGCCAAGGGCGCACCGCAGCUGAGGAAGCACCCCUGGUUCUCCACCAACGGCUUCAACUUUGACAGCCUCCGAAGUGGCACCUUUCCGGCGCCGGUGACGAAGUAUGAGAGGCGCAGCUCAAAGACCUUCGAGAAGGCGGAGAAGCCCGAGGAGGAGACGGCCGAGGUGACGCUUAUGCACCACGACGUGGACCAGGUCUUCCGGCCUGUGCCCGACGAGGACUUCUUCUGGAAUAACGUGGUGCUGACGGAGGGGCAGAUCAAGAAGACCGGCGGCUCCUCCGGCAGCUACGACGCCUUUGCCCUGACCAUGACGGACUGCGCCGUGCGCAUUUGCUGCGAGUCGGACAGCGCAAUCUGCUUCGGCCUCACGGAGGAGUCCUCGGAUGACCGGCUAUUUGCCCGAGGCUUCUGGAUUGGCAUAGUGCCGUCCAUGGCGGAAGGCGGGCGGCCACAAGGCGGCAACGGCUUCCUGACCACCGGGGGCGCCACGCUGGCCAUAGACGAGGGCGAGGCCUUGGUCUUUCAGGAGGACAAGGUGGUCCACAGCUUUGGCAAGGUGGGGGUGAGGCACAUGUUCGGCAAGGUCUUCAUGUCGAAGCCCGAUAGCUCGGCGAUGAUGACCUGCUAUGCCGAGGUUCCAGAUGAUGAAGAUGCUGGCAAGUGGGACGACGUCUUUGCAUAA